AUGACCCGCCCUAAAGGCACUCCAAACAAGCACCCCCGACCAUCCAAACCCAAGCUAGUCAAGCAAACCCGACCCAUAACGCCCAAGAAACCACGCGUAUACGGCCCGAAACCCAUCCCCGGACCCAACGGCAACAAGCUAAAACAAGCGCAAUACUUCCGGUUCGCAAAGAAUGAUGUAGUCAUAUACCACUACCGCGCCUCCUUCAUCUCAGUCCCCAAACUGCGUUCACUUCUAAACCGGCCAGCGCACGGCUUCGUCUGCGCACUCCGAUCCGACGACCCGUUCGGCAAGAAACCCGUUCCGGCUGGCGAUGAAAUCCCACCGGGGUGUCUCGAAGUCGGCUACCUGGCUGAUGUCUUCCAGCUCGGUGGCUCGGCGCUGGGUUUCCGGACGGGGGAUAAUGUGGUAGAGUGGCUGUGUUUUGAUCGCGAUAUCAAGGCUGGUAUUUUGGAUAACCUCGAUAUCGACACGCCGACGGCGACCGGGGGAAUGCUGUUUGAGCAUGUCGCUGAUAUAGGGAGAUCGCCGACGACGAGUAAGUGCUCAAGGAGGUUGGUUUGGACGGAGCAUAGAGAUUGGUAUGAUGCUUUGGAGAGGGCGGGCAGGAUUCCGAUGAGGGUUGGGGUGCGUUGGACGGGGUUUGGGGAGAGGUUGCGGGAGGAUCAUUUGAGGAAGUGGGUUGCUGCGGGUGGGAUGCUGGAUGCUGAGGGGGAGGUUGUCAGAGGUGGGAUGGUGAGCGCUGAUGGGGGAUUUUUACGCGACGGGGCUCUGUCCAUUGAGGCGGAAGUCGCGCGCGGUCAGCAGGAUCAAGAAGUUGGUGGGACACUGGUCACUGAGGCGGAGGCCCUGCGCGAUGACAGGGCAGAGACCAUCACGCAGGCUCAUCCGCGCGACACCGAUAGCCCAGAGACGAUCGGUCGGCGCACGCCUGUGUUCCGCGAUGAACCUGCGAAUCAGCACUUCGUGUCGCCGCAGUCUUCCAGGUCGAAGAACUCGCGCUCGUCAAGCACAUCUGUGCUCAGCGACCGGAGCACGAAUAUGCGACAGAAGUUACCUCUUUCAGCAACGCCCAAGAAGUCGCAACGGGAGCUACUGUUAGAAGGUAAGUACGUUUGA